AAUUUGUCAUUUUAUUACUUGGUUAGUGUCAUUUCCUGAGUGGUGCCGACAUUUUGAAUGGUUGAUUAAUAAAAAACAUUAUUAUUUUGGUGCGGAAAUUUUUCUAUGGAUCUCAUCUGUCGAUUAUCAUGACUGCUGAGUAGUUUCUUCGUAAUCUUAUUUAAUUCAGUGUUGCCAGUAGUAAACGGAGCAUAACUUAACAACUAUCACCUAAAACACUUAAUCAAAUACCUAUAAUAUUAAUUAAGCGGUUUAGACAUUUAUAAAUUAUCAUAUAUUAAAUUUAUAUAAUAAUUUAUUUUAAAUAUCAUUAUUCAAAAGUAAUAAAUUUAUAUUAUAAAAUUUUCAUAAGAUUUUGUACGAUAAUAAUUAUUAUCAUUUAUAAAUAAUAUUCUAUUUUUUAUUUUUAAAAUUGUAUUUGUCUGAGCGAUAGAGUGUGAUUGUUUGACACUUCUAGCGAGAACAUUUCAGCUGAAAACAUAAUUAUUCUCAUUUUCACUAAAACUAAACCAAUCAGGUGAAAAAGCAUUUUACAUAUUUUACUCUGAUUACUGUACAUUCAAAGGUAAAAUCAUUUAUUUUGUUCCUUACAGUUUUGGUGGAGGAAAAGUGUUGCACUGGUUUCCACUUUCUAUUUGUACCUUUAUUACAUUUUUACUCCGCAACUUUUACUCUCAUUUCUUCUACUUUUUGUUACUCUAGGUUCAGCUAUAAUUACCAAUGACACCCUUAGAAAUAAUUUGUCACCAUUUUAAGGGGUCUAACACAUAAGUGUUUAAGAGGGGCAUUUAAAAUGUUUUUCGAACAUUACUCCUUAAACUCUUAGAUUCUGCUUAUGUUUUCUUAAUGAAAUUAUUGGUUGAUCAAAAAAAAAAAAGAACAUUACUAAAACUUUUCUUCAGCCCAAUUAUUUUUUGUAAAAAAAUACCAUUUAAUAGCAUUAAAAAAGAGUGUGACAAGACGAUACUGUGAUAACAGCCGUAACUGUUCAGCAUCCGGAGCCGACGGACUGGUCGGAGAAACUCAGCAUCAAAUGGCCCAGCGAUGGUGACAUGUUUCCUAAACUCAAAAUAGAUAGUAAUAAAUUGGACAAAUCUUCUAAAACAAGUUUUUAUAACAAAAAUAGCACAAAGAAGAAAAUGAUUCGAAUAAAUUUUAUUAAGAAACAAAAGACUAAGUUUUCCUUAAUGCAUAAUACAUUUGAUAUAAAUAAAUAUUUUUAAAACAAAUAUUUUUAUCAUUUAAAAUUUUACAUACUAAAUUCUAAAUUCUACACCAUGAUCCCCAAACCCUAAACUAUUUCCUCCUCAAAAUUUAAACUUUAAAUCUACAGAUUAAUUUAUUCAAGAGAUAUAUGUCUUUUCUCUUUAGUGAAAUUCAUUUUUGUCAUUUAUUAUUUUUUUUACUAUUAGAAGAUAUUUCUCUAAUAAAUUCUUGUUAGUUAUUCUGUUAUUUCAUCAUUUUAAAAAAUCCAUCGAAAGUCUGCAUUGGGGGUGUUAUUGAAACAUAUAUUUGGUCAAGUAACAAAAGAUUUUUUUUUUGUUAAUUAAUGACUUUUUUUGGUUUAUCAAAACAUAUUUUAGCAUUUGUUUCUUCAAGAUUAUUCAAAUUUGAAAGUAGAUAUUGAAUCACGAAGUGUUACGUGUUUUCUUCUUUAUGAUUUUGUUAUUUUAAGUUUUAUACAUGUUGAUGAUGUGUAUUAAAAUGAUUUUUAAAUCAGAUAUAUGUAUAUAUUAUAUUUUUUUACACUUAAUAAUAUUUAAACGGAAAAUUUUCUUAAAACAGUAUUUCUUCUGUUUCAUGAAAGUGUAAUUUUGAUAUUUUUGCAUAGAAUAAGAAAGUGAUUAAAAUGCAUUUAUUUUUUUAAUAAACACAUUUAUUAAUUGAGAUAACUAAAUAUAUUUAUAAAAUUAAAAUAUUUGGUAAUUUAUAUUUAUUUUAAAAUAGGUAUAAAUUUCAUUGAAAUUCUAAAUUAACAAUUCUUUGUAUAACAAGAAAAGUUAUUAAUAACCGUUUUAUGAGACGAGACAUAUGGAAUAUUUAUUAAAAGAUGAUAUGGCUAAAUUACUCCAAAUUUUAAAGCUUACUCUAAUCUCAACCUUAUAAAUAUUAAAUCAUAAACUCUAAUAACUAUACACUAAAUCUAAAUAUUAUAAAUAUUUAUAAAAAUUAUAUUUUUAGAAUUUUUCCUUAUAUUAAUUUUUUAUAAUAAAACGUUGGUUAGUUUAUUUGAAUGUGUUUCUAUAACACUAACGCACUCAUUGGUUUAAAUUUCAAAAUUUCAAGGAUGUUUUUAAAUCACAGACUGUUUUGACAAAUAAAGAAGCAACCAUAAAAGCUGAUUUCAUAUUUUCGCGCUUUUUCUCCUUGUUUCUACCUGAGCAGCAUUUAUGCUGCCUGCUCUCUAGAUUUUCUACACUGUCUUGUUAUCAUCUCUAUAAAAGUGCUUUUGAUGUUAAAAGCAGAAAAUUUUCAAGUCAGACAAAACAUAGCAACAUCAAUGCUUCAACUGAAUACUACUACUAAUUAAUAAUCUUCUGUCUUCUUCAAGUGAGAUAAUUAAUAAACAUAGCGAAACCAUUGCUUGUUUUCAUGGCGGUGAAAUAUAUGAAUGCUUAGCUUGGUGAGAAAUUCUGAAACAAGAAAUAAUAGUGUCCUUGUGAUGCAGGUUGUACAUAAUGUAUACACAUAGUUUAUAUAUCUGAUUCUUGAUGCUUUUUUUUGUGUAUUCAAGAAAGGAUUUAAUUUAAUUUAUUCAUCUAUUUCCAUAGCUAUCCAUUAUUUUUGCAAGUCUAGUUAUUUUGGCAGUUUCUUUAAAUCUUCCGUUUCAAAAAAAAAAAAAAAUCAUCCAUUUCAUUCUCUUACUGUAGGUGUGAUCUUGAAGAUUUGGCAGAUACUGUUGAAAGUGGACUGAAGCAGAGAUAUUUGAUUUUUUUUUUUUGUUGCCCUUUCUCUUGUGGAAAGGGUUAGAUCCACCACAAGUGGAAGAGGCUUCAUUUCCUCUGUCUGUUUCUUGAGAAACAUUGACUCAGUGAUUUGACAAAAAGAAGGAUAGGUUAGAGUUAUUGGAAAGAGAGGAAAAAGUGUAUCUCUUUGGAUCCUUUGGAGAUUUCAGCCUAAAUUAUUGAAAGCCUACAAUGAGUUUUGGAUUCAUAUAGCUUCAAAAAGCUGGUGUGGAAUCUCAAAAGAGGGAGUUUUUUGGCUGAGGGCUUUGUGUUUUAUGUUUUGAGGUUAAUGUGAUUCAGUGAGAAGAAAGUGGUGAGUGAGAGGUCUUGUCAUGUCUACAAGUUUUGUAUCCAUCUGCAACUCAAGCCGUGUGUUUGGUUUGGCCUUGUCUUGAUGUCCAACUUGCCUUAAUAAUGCAUUCAUCAUUACAAAAUCUCUACAGGUUUCAGUAGAAAUCAAUCUUCUUAAAAGAGAGAUAGGAAUCUAGAGAAUAGUUAUUGCAUUUAAGUCUUAAAAUGAUCAGAGGAAAACAUGAGAAGAGACCAAGUUCUAAUGGGACUGAGAAGGUUCUUGUUGCUGUUAAAGCAUCUAGGGAGAUUUCAAAGACAGCAUUGGUUUGGGCUUUGACACAUAUUGUUCAUCCUGGAGACUGCAUAACUCUUGUUGUUGUUGUCACUUCUCACAAUGCUGGUACUACUUUCUCUUCUUUGGUACUAAGUCAUGGAGAUGUACUGACCUAUGUUUUAAUCCAUUGUCUUGUUUGUUUAGGUCGAAAGCUUUGGACUCUCCCUAAGUUUGCUGGAGACUGUGCAAGUGUUCAUAGGAAACCACAUUCUGAUGCAAUCCCUGAGAUAAAAAGUGACCUCACUGAUACUUGUUCUCAAAUGAUUCUCCAGCUUCAUGAUGUCUAUGACCCAAACAAGGUUACUAACUUAGCCCAUAACCAAAACAUUAAAAAAACAGUUAAUCUCAUGUUUUUUUUUUGGAAGGUUAAUGUUAGGAUCAAAAUUGUUUCUGGAUCACCAUGUGGAGCUGUUGCAUCUGAGGCCAAGGAAUCACAAGCAACUUGGGUAGUUCUGGAUAAGCACCUUAAGCAAGAAAUGAAGCGGUGCAUUGAUGAGCUACAAUGUAACAUUGUGGCCAUAAAGCGUUCUCAAGCAAAAGUUCUGCGGUUGAACUUGGUCGGUUCACCAACAACAAAAGAUGCAGUGAAAGAGAACAAAAGCAGGUCGUUAGGUUCUGUUGGAGCAGUAGUUACAACUCCUUUGAGCAGUCCUGAGGUGGGCACACCAUUCACAGGUACAGAAGCUGGGACAUCAUCAGUGGCUAGCUCUGAUCUUGGAACAUCAUCGCCUAUUUUCACAGCGGAAGUGAAAAAGGAUGAUACUAAUGCUGCUCAAGAAACCAAGAUUUCAAGGCGGAGUGAUUCUGAGACUAGUGGAAACAUAAGAGGAGCAGUUUCACUAUCACGAAAUGCUCCUCCGGUUCCACCUCCUCUCUGCUCUAUAUGUCAGCACAAAGCACCUGUAUUUGGAAAACCACCGAGGUUUUUCUCUUACAAAGAGUUAGAGCUUGCAACAAAAGGGUUUUCACAAUCUAACUUCUUGGCAGAAGGAGGGUUUGGAUCUGUUCAUAGAGGUGUGUUACCUGAAGGACAGAUUGUAGCGGUAAAGCAACACAAACUAGCUAGUACUCAAGGAGAUGUAGAGUUCUGCUCUGAAGUAGAGGUUUUGAGCUGUGCUCAGCAUAGAAACGUGGUUAUGCUAAUUGGUUUCUGCAUUGAACAAAGCAGAAGACUCUUGGUCUAUGAGUACAUAUGCAAUGGUUCAUUAGACGCUCAUCUAUACGGUCGCCAUAAGGAUACUUUGGAGUGGCCUGCAAGGCAGAAAAUAGCGGUUGGAGCGGCUCGAGGUCUUAGAUAUCUUCAUGAAGAGUGUAGAGUGGGCUGCAUUGUUCACAGAGACUUAAGGCCUAACAAUAUACUAAUCACUCAUGACUACGAACCACUGGUUGGAGAUUUUGGUUUAGCGCGGUGGCAGCCUGAUGGAGAGCUCGGUGUAGACACACGCAUAAUAGGAACUUUCGGCUACUUAGCUCCAGAGUAUACUCAAAGUGGUCAGAUCACAGAGAAAGCUGAUGUUUACUCAUUUGGGGUUGUACUUAUCGAGCUAAUCACGGGUCGUAAAGCCAUGGAUAUCUCCAGACCAAAAGGACAACAAUGUUUAACUGAAUGGGUAAACACUGCAAACUUAAAAAGGUUUCUUGUUUCUCAAGUUUUCUUUAAGCUCAUUUCAGGGUUUGGUGAGCAGGCUAGGUCUAGAUUAGAAGAGUAUGCGGUUGAAGAGCUGGUUGAUCCGAAGCUGGAGAAGAGAUAUUCAGAGACAGAAAUUAUCUGUAUGAUUCAUACAGCUUCAUUGUGUAUACGCAGAGAUCCGCAUGUGCGUCCUCGUAUGUCUCAGGUGUUGCGUUUACUGGAAGGAGACAUGUCAGUGAAUGAGAGGUUUAGUGGAAGAUUAUCGACUGAGAGAAGUCAGAGAUCAGUGAGAUAGUUAUGUACUAAUGAUGAUGUUAAUGACUAAAUAACGUAACUAACCAACAAAACAUGUUGUCAACAAAUUGUUCUUAUCUCUCUCAGUCACACAAAAACUAUUUAUGUUAUCGUCGAGUGAGAGAAGUCAGAGAUUAGUGAUAAUCUUGUACUAAAUAUGUUAAUGAUUAAAAUAAAGUAAUCAACCAACAAAA